UGUUAGAUACAACCAUUGCCGCUCUCAACAGAUCAUGGGUCUUCUUCAGAGUUGCUUUGCCAGAAAUAACAAAGUGGGUGUGAUGAAGGAAGAGAUGGAGGCGUACGAGAAAGUACGACGUACAAUGGUCGCAGAGGAAGUAAAAGAAAAGAAAGGCGGUGUGGCCUUUGAUCUCACCUUCGUUUCAGAGGAAACCCCAAAAAUGCCUCCACCCAGAUUGCUCGAGAACAAAAAAGAGGAUUUUGAAAAGUGGAGAGAGUCUCAAGAAAAGGCACAGGCCGAGAAACAGGAACGGGCACAACAGAAUAGAGAUGAAGCCCGUAUCCAGAAAGAGAUUGAAGUGGCCCACAAGGAGAUGGAGAGGCUCGAGAAAUAUGUCAACAUCACUGCCGAAUAAAUUGGAUCUGAACUCUUAAUAUUUCUGGCUAAAUUUAAUUCUACAAAAAUUUUGAAGCUUGUAAUUUAAAAGAUUGGGACCAAAGAGGGGACACCCGAGCUCUUUAUCUGUUGUGCAAUUGUUUGGCUUUUAAUUCUAUUUAUAGCUAUUUUGGUUUAUUUUUUUUUUCUUUGAAAUUAUUUUUUCGCAAU